AUGGCCAAUGAAUCUAAUGCUUCAUCUAAUGAGAUAGGUAUUGUGAAGGUGAAGAUGUUUGAUGGUGUUAUGAGGACAAUGACAAAUGUUAGGGAUAUUCCUCACCUAAAAAGAAGUUUAUUCUUUUGGGCUAUAGACAUGUGUUCUCAAAAAGGUGGAAGCAAGAAAAGACAUAGGGAAAAAUUGUUGGUAAUCACUUUGGCAACAACAGCAGCAGCUAUUUUCCUUGUACUUGUAGUUGCCCUGUUGUAUUAUUUCAAGAAGACAAAGCUCAAGUCAAAAGGGCAUAGCUCAAAAGCAUCAAUAAAGUUUAAAGCAGGUGCAGGAGACUUUAAUAAAAAUGCUCCUGAUCUGCGAGUCUUUAGCCUUGCCAACAUUGAAGAAGCUACAGAUCAAUUUUCAUUUAAUAAUAAGCUUGGAGAAGGUGGAUAUGGCCCUGUAUACAAGGGUAAAUUGCCAGAUGGACAGGAAAUAGCUGUGAAAAAGCUGUCAGCUUCUUCUACACAAGGCUUCGAGGAAUUCAAGAAUGAGGUUGUACUUACAUCCAAACUUCAACACGUUAAUCUUGUCAGGGUCUUGGGAUGCUGCAUUGAAAGAGCUGAGCAAAUGCUGAUCUAUGAAUACAUGCCAAACAAAAGCUUGGACUUGUACCUCUUUGAUCCUAUUAGAAGGUUUCUUUUGGAUUGGAAAAAACGAGUGGACAUCAUUGAAGGUGUAACUCAAGGACUUCUUUAUCUCCAAGAAUACUCGAGAUUGACAAUCAUACAUCGAGAUUUGAAAGCUAGCAACAUAUUACUUGAUGACGAUAUGAAACCUAAGAUAUCAGAUUUUGGUAUGGCCAGAAUUUUCACAAAAGGCGUACUUGAAGCAAACACAAGCCGGAUUGUAGGAACAUACGGCUACAUUCCUCCUGAAUAUGCUAAGCAAGGCUUAUAUUCCACCAAAUCAGAUGUUUAUAGUUUUGGAGUUCUCCUUCUUCAGAUCAUAAGUGGCAAGAUAAAUAGUUGUUUCUAUGGUUCAAAUGAAGAUUUAAGCCUCCUAGAAUAUGCCUUUGAAAUGUGGAAAGAAGGCAAAGGGAGGGAUUUUAUGGACGAUUCACUUGACGACGCACUCUCCUCAUGCAAGUUGUUGAAAUGCAUGCAAAUAGCUCUCUUGUGUGUGCAGGAAAACGCAAACGAGAGGCCAUCAAUGUUGGAAGUUUCUUCGAUGCUAAGAAAUGAAAACGUUUCUAUGGCAAUACCAAAAAAGCCUGCUUUCUCAACUAGAAAUGAAGUUACUCAGGAAAAUGAAGAUAUACUUCCGCUUGUUAACUCAUCUUCAGUCAAUGACGCAACUAUUUCCGCGGUGGUAGGCCGGUGA